UUUGUUUCAGUUUCACUGUCGAAAAUACAAAGUGAAAUCAUGCGCUUUUAUAGCACUGUGUUUCUUUGCAGCAGUUCUAUAUUUCAGUAAACAUUAUUUCGUCAGUGAUGUAAUAGUAAGGAUAUACGAUUGGAGGUGGGGCCCAGCUGAUAGUCAAAAUUGUCCAGUAUUUGAUCACUCUGAGGAAGAUCCUACUAUUAAUCGUAUGGCAGUUUUAGUACCGUUUCGAGACCGUUUCACUGAAUUGCUAGAAUUCAUACCUCAUUUAAACAACUUCCUCAAUAAUCAAAACGUUCGUCAUACAUUUUUUAUCAUUAAUCAAGUGGAUGAUCUUCGGUUUAAUAGAGGAGCUUUGUUAAAUGUAGGAGCACUUGAGUCACUUGAAGCUGAAGUUAAUGGAAUUAUUGUUGAAAGUAUCAUUCAAAAAAAUUCAUUGUAUCAGUUAUCUUCACAAUGUUUAAAACUUCCUUUUACAAAAUAUUUGGCUUUACAUGAUGUUGACUUACUACCUGAAGAUCCGGCAUUAAAAUAUAAUAUGCCAUCGGAAUUAGGACCGAUUCAUCUUAUUCCAUUUUAUCUUCAUCCACGUUAUUAUUAUUUUAAAGAAUAUGCCGGUGGUGUUUUAAUCAUUAAAAGAUCUCAAUACAGUUUAGUUGGUGGUAUGUCAAACUCAUUUUGGGGAUGGGGACGAGAGGAUGAUGAAUUCCAGAUACGUUUAAAAUCGAAAGGAUUUAAGAUUGUAACGCCAGUUAAUGUUACUAUGGGGCUAAAAGCUUUCCGUCAUAUUCAUCAAGAAGAUCAUCAUAAACGAGACGUUAAGACCUACUAUAAUCCUGAUGUUAUGAACUUGAUUCGCAAUCCGAUCGGAGGUUUGACUUCAGUAAAUUAUACUGUUAUAAAAAGACGUCUAGUAACAAUCAGCAGUAUUCCAGCUAUUAUAAUCAAUGUUAAACUAUAUUGUGAUUCAAUGAAUUGCAAAUUGAAAUCAUGAUACAUUAUUACAGACAAGUCGCCGUAUAAAUUUUCAUAUUCAUUCAGAUUUAUAUAUUUAGUAGUAUUUCUUUUCAUAUUAUUAACUUCAAAAGAAUUUGACUUGUAGUUAUCCUAAUGUAAAUACUUUCAUUUAUUCAUGACUGGAUGGUUAACCAUAGCUAAUGUGUUGUUAUUAUCAUUAUUAUUACUAUGAUUGUUGAGAGUUAAUCAAUGAUAAGUAUUCCCAAACCGGACUUUCUGGUAGAAAUAUGCUAAAUUCUAAAGUCAUUUUAAUCUUAUUGUAAUCUAUUAGUUCUGUAAAUAUAAGCACCAUUUCUAUAUUUCUCUUCAGAAGUAAGCGUCUCACGGUUUUUAUUUCAUUCAUUUUUUCGUUAUCAUCGGGCUACUGAUUUGUUGAAAUUCCAUAAAAUCUUUCAUAGACCAUCAAAUACUGAUAUAACAUCAAGAUAUAUUUGAUAAUUCGUAAUAAUUGAUCAAAAGUUGAUAUAUCUACUCAGAUAAUCAAAUAACUUUAAGGAUUUCAGACUCAACAAGUUGGUUAAUUACUUACAAUAUAAAAGCUUUGUGUCAGUAAAGUUUAAAAAUGAAAACAAAGACGUACUUCCUACAUUGCUAACCUUAACCGAACAAACUUGCCUCACAUUUAACAAUGUCUGAUUUAUCUCGCAAUUUAAUUUUCAAAGCAGUCACAAGUUAUUUAUUAUUUGCCAGAAAUUUUGUAGAACAUCAUGAUGUGCUACCAUCUUAGAAAAACUACUGAUCACACAUAACCAGAAAAAUUUCAAUUUGUUUUGGGGAUUCUUCAAUGUAUUUUGAUUUUUUGCCGUUCUGUUUUAAUAAAUCCUUAAAGCUUUUUA